UUUUAUUGCUUACCAGUAUGCUGGGCAUUAUGGGAGCUGCUUUCCAUGUGGUGAAGUGUUUCAUGUACACUGCCUUAUUUAAUCUUCACAAUCAUUUAUGAGAUAGCCUACUGCUCCUCAUGACUGAUGGAUACCUGGGCCCAGGCUUGGGGUCACCUGUGCACAGACCCUCCGACAGCCGCUAGGUCAGCUGGAGAGCACGUGAUGUUUCCUCUCUUCUUCCCUCGCUAGGUCUGAUCACCACUGUGGCUCAGAGACGCUGAGCUGUAGCCAUAGGAUGGAUGACCACACGGAACUGAGGACUGAUGGAAACUCACUUUUAAAGGCCGUGUGGCUGGGGAGGCUCCGGCUGACCAGACUCCUCCUGGAAGGGGGGGCCUACAUCAAUGAGAGCAACGACAAGGGCGAGACAGCGCUCAUGGUGGCGUGCAUCACCCAGCACGUGGACCAGCAGAGCGUCAGCAAGGCCAAGAUGGUGAGGUACCUGCUGGACAACAGGGCCGACCCCAACAUUCAGGACAAGUCCGGCAAGAGCGCUCUCAUCCACGCGUGCAUCGGGAGGGCUGGGGCAGAGGUGGUCUCCUUGCUGCUGGGGAACGGGGCGGACCCCAGCCUCGAGGACCACACUGGGGCCUCCGCUCUGGUUUACGCAGUCAAUGCUGAUGAUAAGGAUGCGUUGAGAUGUCUCCUUGAUGCCUGCAAAGCCAGAGGGAAGGAGGUGAUCAUUAUAACAAUGGACAAAUCGUCUUCCGGCACCAAAACCACCACGCAGUAUCUUAAUGUUCCUCCAUCACCUAGAGCGGAGGGCAGACAGUCACCUGGGCUGUGCGCCUCUCCCUCGGAUAUCAAACUGAUGGCUCCUGGCCUGGAUUCUCCACCUUGUGAGAAAGAAGAUGACAUCUUUAGCCUCCAAACAGGACAUCCAAGUGCUUAUAAUACCUCCAAGGCUCUAAACGAGCCUGGGUCACCCACUAGGAAAGUUGGGAGCCUCAAAAGGACCCGUUUGCCUCAACUGAAGAGGCUCCAGUCGGAACCCUGGGGCUUGGUCGCAGCCUCCGUGCCGGCCGUCCCCGCAUCCCAGGAUGAGACCCGUGGUGCCAGCACAGAGGGUGAGGCCAUCAAGAGUAUUAGUGACAUGUCCUUCCCCAGGAGGGCGCCCCUCUCCAGGACCAGCAGUAUCGACGGCAAAGACCCCACUCUCUUCCCCACAGUCACGGAGCCAGUUCUGAAGGUCCCAGCCUCUCCAGCCCUGGCUUCCUGGAAGGCAGACUAUGAGAAAGGCCAGGCUCCCCACCCUCGUCUGGCCAGAAGAACUCUCCCUGAUGACCAAGAGAAGGGCUGUCUGGGUCCACCGGGACCCUCUACUCUCAAAGACACGGCGUCCCUUAAACAGCUGGAAGGUGACCUCUGUGAUUUAGAUUUACAGACAGGGGUCAACCCACCCAACACCAUUGCCCUGGAAUCAGGCAGAGGCCCCUUAGACAGAAAGAAGCUCACCGGCCCCCACCUGGCUCUCUUCCGUGGCUCCCGGGAAUCUGUGGACGCCGUGGCCAGCACGUCGCCCAGCUCGGUGCGCCGCAGGCCCCUGCAUCCUCUAGAAAGACGAGGUUCUGGGACUGUGCUGCUAGACCUAGUUUCUCACACCAGGCCUGGCUUCCUUCCACCUUUAAAUGUCAACCUGAACCCACCAGUCCCAGAUAUUCGAUCUAGCAGCAAACCUGCUUCUCCACUUGCUAGUGGCUUAAAAUUCAUGGUUCCUGUGGGUCCAAGUUCACCAAAGAGAGUUGACUUGAGAAGUAAGAAGCAGCUGCUCAGGAGGCAUUCCAUGCAGGCCGAGCAGAUGAGGCAGCUGUCUGACUUUGAAGAGAUCAUGACCUAGGAGCUUUUAGGUCUCUGUUUUUAAUCCAUGGGAUUUACAAAAGUUACCA